CCCGCUCCGCCGCCGGCACAGGGAGAACGAGCAGCCGGCACAGGGUGAACCACAACCCCCGGGGAGGGUGAAACGCCGCCCGGCCGAGGGGUGAACAACCAGCCGGGCGCGCCCCCCGCCCGCCUUCCCUCCUCCCUCCCUUCCUCCCUCCCCUCUUCCUUCCCCUCCCUCCCCGUCCCUUCCUCUCUCCGCCUGGUGCCGCCACCGCCGAGGAGGAGGAGGAGGAGGAGGAACAUGGCGAAAGCGGAGCAGGUCCUCAGCCUCGAACCGCAGCACGAGCUCAAAUUCAAAGGUCCUUUCACAGAUGUUGUCACUACAAACCUGAAGCUCGGCAACCCCACAGACAGAAAUGUUUGCUUCAAAGUUAAGACCACAGCACCACGUAGAUACUGUGUAAGGCCCAACAGUGGAAUUAUCGAUGCAGGAACAUCAAUUAAUGUUUCUGUGAUGCUACAGCCUUUUGACUAUGACCCUAAUGAGAAAAGUAAACACAAGUUUAUGGUUCAGUCUAUGUUUGCUCCAGCUGAUACUUCAGAUAUGGAAGCAGUCUGGAAAGAAGCAAAACCGGAAGAACUCAUGGAUUCGAAACUUAGGUGUGUGUUUGAGCUACCAGCAGAAAAUGAUAAGCCUCAUGACAUAGAAAUAAAUAAAAUUGUAUCCACAACUGCAACAAAGACAGAUUCCUCUGUAAUGUCUAAAUCAAUAAGUUCUUCUUUGGAUGACACUGAAGUUAAGAAAGUAAUGGAAGACUAUAAGAGGCUUCAAGUAGAAGUUCAGAGGUUACGGGAGGAGAAUAAACAGUUUAAGGAAGAAGAUGGACUGCGGAUGAGGAAGGUACCCCAGCCAAACAACCCAAUCUCUCCUUCUGCAGCUGCUGUCAAGGACGAAGGGCUCAGCUCCAGACUACUUGCUUUGGUGGUUUUGUUCUUUGUCUUUGGUGUAAUUAUAGGAAAAAUAGCCUUGUAGAGGCAGCAUGCUGGAAAUUGUAAAUUGGUUUGAUGGUUCUGCCAUAUCAUUGGAUUAAAUUUAUUCAUAACAAUGUUUAAAAAAAAAAAAUUAAUGUAUGACAUCUCACAGGUCUUGCCUUUAAAUUACCCCUGCACAAAUACUAUGUAACAUAAUCUAGAAAGUUUAAAAUGUAUGAUGAGCGAAGGAAUGAAAGAGAACAUGCUUCAGUGAUGAAGGGGGGGGGGGAGGAGAAAAUCCUGAUUUAACACUACAAUGGAAUAUUGUAUAUGUCAUUUUAAACAUUCUUAGACCCUGGUACAUGUUGCUGGAUUACCUCUUUUUAAAAAAAAAAAAAGAAAAAAAAAGGAAAACUAGAAAAAAAAAAUAAACCCUCUUCCUCCAGUGCUGGAGCUGGCCCUAGGGAUGUUUGGAGCUGGGUUAGGCAGGAGGUGUCGAUAACUUCUGUAAAAUACGUUAAUCCACCAUUCUGCUCAUAAAUUUAACAGUUUCUGUCGGUGUCUUCAGCUCUGUGCAAGUUCCCAGUUUCUUGGCACUUCCUGAGUAGCGAGCAGCUGCAGAGAGCCGUGUGUGGGCACAGGGGGUGCCGGGCAGCACCGAGGGGCUCGUGCUGACGGCGGGACGCGCUUGGGAUGAAGGGGCGAUGCCUUGUUCUCACCAAGGGGACCAAGCUACGCUGCUGUCGGGUCAUUUAGUUGAAUUAAAAAUGUUAUCCGGAGAUGUUUGGAUGCAUAUUUGACUUCUUUAAUGUAUUUCAUCUCACGUUUCCUUCUCGUCCCAAAACUGACUAAUCCUGCGUGGUCUGAAAAGGCUCCUGUUCAAAGGCAGCGAUUAGAGCGAAAAAUUUGCUGCUGUGCUGGUGCGAGAUUCUUCUGCCUCCUGGGGUUUUGGGCACUACACAGUUGUUGGGAGUUUUGAUCAUCUGAGCAUUGGGGAAAACAGUGGUCAGGAAACUUGUUUUUGUAUGUAAAUAAGUCUAUCUAGGGGAAAAAAAAUAGUAGUAGUAAACUAGUCCUAUGCCGUAAAAGACCAAUCCUGUUUGACUAUGUAGCAUCUUAAAAAAAAAAAAAAAAAAGGAAAAAAAAAGAAAAGAAAAAUGAAAGCCCCCAAAUUAAUGUUUCCUUCAUUACUUUUGUCCUGUUCUCACAGUUUUAGAGGUGGGGAGGAAACAGUGUUCUCUUGUCAGCUUUGUUUGUGGCAUAAGGAAACUUGCAGGUUUGUUUCAGGGUGAUUUUUUUUCCCCCCCCCUCCCCAGACUAAUUUUAAAAUCAACCCAAACCACCCCAUCAGGAGUCUGGUACACAAAAGUGUUGUUCAGAGUAACCCUGUUGGCUGCUGAGGUACAAGGUAACAUCCCACUUCCCAGGUUAGUUGGGUUCAGUAGUUAAAAGACACUUGACAGCACAUGCAGAUUAAGGUGAAGGUAAUUUUGUUUCUAAGCUUCCUUUUAGCACAAGGUGCAUAAACUCAGUGUUUAACAUGAUGGAUUCAGUAGGUGAAAUAGUUUUGGUGGAGGUAAAUUCACAUAUCUUCUUAAAUGGCAGACCCAAAAACCAGCGGUGACAAAAUUUUUUGUGAGCAUUUCCUGAUUAAGAUAAGCCUUUUAAAAAUGCCUUCUGUCAUUCCUUCCUUAUUCCUGUGAUGCCAUGAGAAAGCUGUUGGGCUGCAACCUGUCUGCUGCACUCCUUGACCUUUAUGUUUGUCCCACUUGUGUCUCAAGGGUUUCCUUCUUUGCAAGUGCAAAUAAGUGAGAUUUUACGUGAGGCUUAAUAAGAAAAUGGGUGGAACAAACCCUGUAACCGGUGUGUUCAGCCUGUGAUCACGACUCUGGAAGUACUUGUAGAAGAUUCAGCAGAAAAGGAGAGGUGCAUUUUUAGCGUUUUAAGGUGCUGGUGAUUUCUCUGCUCAGGAGGGAAGGGCCAAAGGGCAGGGAAGGUGGGAGCUGAGCUGGGAAGAGGGAAGCAGUGAGUUCAGUGGGACACGUUGGGCAGAACCCAUCCAGAAAAAGACACUUUUCGGGCAGGAGGAGUAAAGAGAACUUUUAAAUGAAACAUUGUAAAAGAGCCCUUUUCAGAAGGACAGGGUUGUAAGUGAUGUUGCAGCAUUAGUUUCCAUGGCUUUGAAGAAUGUAUUUGAAAAAACCUUUACUGAGCUGUGAAGUAGUUUUUUCCAGAGGCUGUAAAUAUCUUGAUCUCACUCUUGUAAGAAAAGAUGAAUUCCUGAUUUGCUUUAAAAAAAUAGGGUUUUUUGAGGGUCCUUUCUGCUGAAAAACAGACUAAAAAAAAAGGUUGGUUAAAAAAAAAAAUCACUGUCUUUGCAGAGUAAAGGGGAGAAGAUCAAAGCUUUAAGCUGCUCUGCUGUGAGGAUAUCUGUAGUAAUGUUCAGGUAAAUUGUACACACACUGUGAGGAGGCACAGGGCAAAGGCAGCAGCACUUGUGUCCUCCCCCAGUGUUCAGUGGUCACUUCUUGGUGAUCUCUGACAGCCUGGACCUUUAAAUCAAAGUUGUCCUGGUGUUUUCACUCCAGGAUUGUAAAGAGGUCCCAGGAAACGCUCUCAUGCUUUGGCAGAUUCCCUAAAAACACAUGGGCAGGGAGACCAACAGAGGAUCUGCUGGUCAGGACUGUAACCUGCAGUUGGGGCUGACCCACAUCAUCAGUCCUAAACAAGACUCUUAAUUUAACUGCCUAUCUUUUGGAAUUUAACAAAAUUCUAAGGUCUUUCCUCACUGUUUCUGACAGCCCUGAAUUGUCUGGGUAAUGCUUUGCUUUUGCUGAGCUUAAAAUAAAACAGCUGAUCAGUGGGAUCCCCACUGCCUGUCUGUCUGACCAAACCCUUCUGUCAUAGGCAGUAGAAAGAAACAUUAAGUGCUUUUUUUCUUCCAAGGUUCAUAAAAGGCCAGUCUGUAGAUACAGUGCAAAAAUAUAUUGGAUAGAUGUUCUUAAAUCACCUGGACCUUUUGUAAGUUUUUCCUUCCAUGACAACACCAGAGCAAAUGUUUUCAUGAAACAUUCAUAUUCUGGAGGACAUUGUACAUCUUAGGAAGUUAAUGCAUGAAAACAUAGGGUUUCUAAAUAAGAUUAUUGUCUGGGGUCCUGACACAGCAACAGAUGUUAGAAAACUGUGAUUGAUACAUGAUAGUAGAAAUCAAGUUAUUACUAAUCUAGUUAUUGUCCUUGCUGUUACUUUAAGAUGACCACUUGCACACAUGUUUAUUGUUAAUUUCUUUAAGAGCCGGGAGAGGCUGCUUGGUGCACUCUUUGGGCAAAUUUGAUAUAAAUAGGUGUACAAAAUAUCUGGAAGCCUAGUGCUGGGAAACGAGUGGAAAAUGGUUUUCUGCUAUUUUUAUGUAGUUAUCCACAUCUUAAAGCAAAUACUCUGUGCAUGAAUGAUCAUCAGUAUUGCUGUGCAUUGGCAGUUGUCAGCUGGGAGUGCACAACUGGAACGUGUGGGAGCCAGAACCCAACUCAGGUGGCUGUGGAAUAGCCCUGGGGGCUGAAGAACAAGAUCAUGCCAUGCCUGUCAUGUUGAGGGGGAUUGAUGUACCAUAAUGUCAUUUUCUAAAAAUACAGGAUUGUAAUAGCUUGAUGCUGGUAUUCCAUGUGACUUUUUCCUCCUGAAAUGCUGUUAGUGGGAUAAAGUUGGAACUUCACUUUGCAAAUCACUAUAGAGUUUCUUGUCACCAAUAAACUCGGAAGGGUUUCUAUUCUCUGCACAUGUGAA